AGAUGACUGAGCGUGGUGUAAAUAAACGUGCAGACGCUCAUGGAUCCGGCUGUGACUCAGAUUAUGGGAAGGCAGCAGCUCCAUUUCCUGCGCUGUGUUUGUCUCUGGAUUUCAUAAUCUAGGGAGGAAAAUAUGCUUCUGAAGAAUUCUGAGGGAGGAACCUGACACUGAAAGCUCUUCUGCUGAAAGCCCCCAGGCUUCAGAAGGCUUUUCUCCUGCUCUCUGACGCUGAAGUCAACAGCUUUUCAGGCGCUUGGGUUUUGUUCACAGAGGAAUCAUGAAGACCUGGAAUGUGCUUCUGCUGCUGUUCUGUCUGAGCUCCGCCGCUGGACGUGGACAGGAAGCUGGAGUUUUGCGGUGUGAACCUCAGAGUCUGAAUCUGACCAGCUUUGAACAGACGCUUUGGUUGAAGUGGGAAGACGGCCCAUCAUGCACUUCAGUGACGGACACACUCACCUAUGAGCUGACAGUUCAUGCUGCAGACAAGCAAGUGCAUCAUGAGGAAGCUACUCUGAUGCCGGAGCAGAUGGGGGGGAAUCACAGCUGGACCUGGACAUCUCAUUUGCCCCUGGAGUGUGCCCCCCAGUCAGUCACACUGACAUACUGGUAUAACAACACGAGCUCGCGGGCCAAGCAAACACUCCCUGGAGUACAGUUUUCAAAAGUCGAGCUGUUUCCAAAGGAUAAGGUGUUUAGAGUAGGCAGUGAGGCUACCUUCUGCUGCAUGGUGCCUCCUGGGGACAGCUUCACCAACAUGUCCAUUGAUGAUAAAAGUGGCACUAACAUGGGGAUUGGCAGGAUCAGCAGUCAGGUGUACGCCAUGACGGUCCUCUUCAAAGACGCCCGGGGGAGUUUAAUUGAUGUCACAUGUGAAACAAACAAAACGGACGCUGGAACCGGUACUGUAGUCGACUAUCCACCUGCUGACAGAGACCUUCAAUGUGAAACACGCGAUCUCGCAUCAGCUGAGUGUCAGUGGAGUCUAGGAAGAGAAGAUUACUGGUAUCACCACAAUCCAAUGGAAUACCAUCUGCUGGGAAGGGAAGAGGCUUGUCUGUCCUUCAGCGACGAUCAGCAGCGACAAUCCCAUCAGCAUCAGUUCCAGCUGACCUUUAAAGGACGUUGCUCUCUAAAGUUUCAAGUGGAUGUUGGUGAGACAAACUGGACCUUAACAGCACAAAACAAGCUGGGAAAUGUGACGCUCCACGAUCACGCCGACCUGUCUAAGAGGGUGCGCAUGUUGGCUCCAGAGAACGUCGCUGUUACGAAUGUCAACGCCAGAAAUGCCAGCUUGCAGUGGAGGUGGAGCGUGAGGAGAUACUACCAUCUGAACACAACAUGCCAAAUACACCUGACCUUUGGCAAAAGCAACACUGUAAGUGAAGUCUUUGGACUCGGCCUUAAUCUGACAUUUCUGACUGACUUGAAACCAAACGUUUUCUAUCGAGUGAAGAUGCGAUGUGGAACGGCCCAACAUUUCUGGAAAUGGGGAGACUGGAGUAAAAGUGUCGGCUUCCACACAAAGACUGAUGUUCCAGAAGCUGUGGAUGUGUGGAUGCAGAGGAGCAAAAACAAGACUAUGGUCGUAUGGAAGAUUUGUCUCACUGCUGACAUUUCAGAUGCCAUUGGCCAACCAGAGUCGAGGACAGAUCCUAGACUACACAGUAGCUUUGACAAAGGCCAGUGGGAGGGGUCAACUCAACAGAACCACAGUACCUCACAGCGACCACCGUCUCAUGCUCAGUCUGGACCCUGCGGAGGAAUACAUUGUCAGUAUCAUGGCGAGGAACAUCAAUGGAAGCUCCCCCCCAACAACCAUCACUAUCCCCACUCCAGUCUUACUUUUAAAACGUCUUUAAGCGCAGAUGAAACCCAGGUGAAAACAUCCAGGAUAAGUGGAACCAAGGGAGCGUUUUCCGUGUCCUGGAGGGGGUCUCCUGAGGCCAGCUGUGGUUACAUAGUGGACUGGUAUCCAGUAGAGGACCCGUGGUCUGUGGAUUGGAUGAAGCUCCCUCCCAACCAGACCAGUGCCAACAUAACCUCCAAACACUUGACAGAUGGAUGCAGAUACUUUUUGUCGGUAUACGCCUGCACCCAGGGAUCUCCAGUGCUGGUGGAGAGGAGGGAGGGCUACGCCACAGAGACGAGAAUCCAAGGAAAGCUGUUUCAGUCUUUGAACCAUAAACAGAGGAACCUGGACGUGGAGGUUUCCUGGGACCCCAUCCCACUCAGCCGGCAGACUGCCUACAUACACGGCUACAAUCUCUACUGUCGGAACAGCAACAAGCAUGUGGUUAAUGUGAGCACAGCCGAUCCUGAAGCCACCAGUCUGACUGCAAAAGGGCUGAAAGUGGAUUUGUAUGAGUUCACGGUGACGGCACAGACAGCAGUAGGAGAAUGCUGCAAAGAAACCUUCAGCUUCACUUUAAAUUCUCCAACUGAUAAGAUGACCAUGGCGGUCUUAUUUUCCCUGGGGGCGUUAUUUCUGUUCCUCUUCUUUGUCACAAUCAUCUGCUACAAGCAGUGGAGAUGCAUCAAGCAAAAAGUCUUUCCUCCAAUCCCCAAACCUGUGUUGGUAAACCGGUGGAUGACAUCACCGGUUUUACUUGAAAGUCCGUUUCUGCUCAGCGCUCAGGUUCAUCCCAUAGACAUUCCCCAGCUCUGCAAUGAACCCAAAGCAGCGGAACCGGAGCUUCCCACUCAGGACGGCACACACUGGACUUCAUCACAAAGUCCUGCAGGCUACUGCAACCAGCCUCUUAAAAUCCGCACCGCCUCUCAUCUCAGUGUAGACUCCGCCCCAUUCAGUCUAUCCUCUUCUACCUGUAGAGGUGACCUUCAGAACCCGUCCUAUAACCUGAAGGUUUGGAGCGAGGACCGUAACUCCGGCUCGGAACAGCAGCUUCUGGAUGCUUCAGCUUCCCCAACAAGCUCCGGUCAGUACAAGCCUCAGACCGACAUGGAGGUCUUCAGGCCACACCCACUGAGGGAGGAGUCGCAGGGCUGCAUUCCCUGUGACUCUGAUUACAUUUCGUUACCGCGGUAACAGACCGAAACUCCACUGGAUCAAGUGAACUGACACAGGAAAGGGGACGAGCUGUCACUAUGGCAACAAGCAGGCAUCCAGUGAAAGUAUUCAGUCCCCUUCACGUUCUUUACUCUUUGUUUCAUUGCAGCCAUUUACCAAGAGCGGGAAAAUGAUUUUGUCUUCUGGAUAAUUUACACUGAAUGAAGAAAAACGGUCAGAGGUGUAAACAUGUCAGAGAAAUGGUUGUUUCUUCUGAUGAAUCCACCUCUUCCCUGGAGUCCAGCUGUGUUUAGUCAAACUGACCGGACCCGUUCAGGAAGCCUCUCACCUGUCUGUGGAAGACCUUCCAGCUCGCCGUUCAUGCCCGACCAAUCAGAAUCAGAGGCUGAAAGAACUGCCCCAGGAGCUGUGGCAUUACGGCACAGAUCUGAUCAAGGUUACAACAGAAUCCCUGCACCUUCCUGAGAGCACAGGAACCUCCAGAACCCUCAGGUGAACCGACCAGAACCGGGCCGUCCAGCCAAACUGAGCAAUCAUUGGGAGAAGAGCCUCGGUGAGAGCGGCAAAGAAAAAGAUCAGCUCCAGAGAUCAGUGUGGAGAUGAGAGAAAACAUCCCUGCAGAUCCCAUCGGUCUGAGCUGUAAACCCAUUUCUCUGAUAAGACCUAAGAAUUCCUCCAUGAGUUUUACUGAAGUCUUAAGAUGUUGAUGUUUGAUUAGGACUGAAGAGACUGUAAGAAAUACAAAGAUGUCUUUUAUUUUGAAAAGAUUUAUUGAGUUCACAAACGUAGAGUUUUAAAAGUACUCUUAAAAGUCAAACUACAAAUAGUUUUAAAUCAACUUAGUGUAGCCACAACACAAUUCAGUCAAAUCGUCAACAUUUACACAAUAAACUGGCCUCUGAAAAACUUCAGAGUUUUGGGGAGUUAUGAUGGAUCCCCCCAUUCACCCCCACCCCCUCUGCACAACCACAGACUACAGCAUUCUGCAUAACUGCAAUGAUACAAAAAUAACAACUGAUAUAUUUUACAUAAAAACAGGAA